AUGGCCGACCACAGCUCUCCAAAUUACAAACAUCUUUACCUUAGGGCAGAAGAAGGACGGAAGCAGGAAGCAGAAGGGAGACGGCAGGAAGCAGAAAGGAGGCGACAAGCAGAAGAACGCAACCAACAGACCUCUUUCACAGAGCUCUUACAGAACUGCCAUGACCUUCUCUCCCGCCAGUUGCGAGUCGAGACACCAUCUCGCUCAACCACUGGAAAAAUACCCCUUCCCACUGGAAAAGACUGCCCGACUCGAUUGGAACAUUGGGCCGACUGCCCAGAGCAGCUGCUAAGGGUCUACGGGUCUGUCUGCCAAUAUCUACAGUCGGAGCUAGGGCAGGCGCCACGCUUAUUUUCGUCUCUACCGGAGUUAGAAGGACUUGGCCGUCGAUUUGCCCGCAAACCACUCAGUAGCGAACAAGAUCUCGAGGCAUAUGAGCGGUUUGGGGUGGAAGAACACGUCCAUGAUAUAAUAGCCGAGUUGUGCAAAAUACCGGCGGCUUGUGACGAGUUUGGCCUCGGUGAUGGAAUCCAGUUCAGCAAUCACACAAAUUCUUUGAGCAGGAAUGAAACCUUUGAAGCGGAUACAAGCCAGCUGUCAAGCACGCCUCACCCACGACCAGACCAGUUCUGUAUUCAUCGUGUCGACGGCAACACGACCACCGUGCUGACGACCGUCGAGUACAAGCCGCCUCACAAACUGCCUGUCGCAACUCUUCGCAUGGGACUACGACCAAUGGAGCUGUGGAAGGAAAUGGUCAGAUCAAAUAAAAUACCCACCGAACAGGAUGCGAAGCUGAGGUACAAUGCAGAGCGGCUUGUCUGCUCUGCUAUCGUCCAAGAAUACCACGUGAUGAUUCAGGAAGGACUCGAAUAUUCCUACCUGACAAAUGGAAUUAUUCGUGUACUACUUCGUGUUCCACGAGACGAACCCACCACGCUGUAUUACUUUUUUUGUGAUCCCCACAAUGAAGUGGACCCAACAGGCGAUACAACUCAUCAGCUGUCGAAGACCUCUGUUGCGAGGGUAUUAUGCCUUUGUUUGAUGGCCUUCCGUUCACCCACACGUGGACAAGAGUGGAGAAAUCGCUUGCGUCCCGAUCUUCAUACGUGGGAAACAAGCUUUGAACAUACUCGUUCGCAGAUCCCGAGAAAUGAAUUACAGCUGAUUCCUCACUCCGAUAGCACUAACCCUGAGUUCCCGAGCCCAGGGUCUGGUUCGUCCUAUGAAUUACCGUCGUCAUCUCCGCUGCCGUCUCCCUCAGAGGGCCGUCGAGUGCCUACACGCUCUCAAACAAGCUGUGCACCUUCGGAGAUCCGACCGCGCUCGCGGUCACCUAACUCGUCCGGGUCCGACACAAAUCAAACAUCUGGCCAUAAGCGGAGGAUCAGUCAAGUCACGCCUUCACCGUCCGCUCGACGAUCAGGUCGCCAGCAAGAGUCAGUGCAUGAUUUCGAAGAUCAUUCCCGACGCCACGCUGCACAAUUUUGCACACAGCGAUGUUUACUCGGCCUGCAGACUAGGAAAUCCCUGGAUGAGCUGUGUCCAAACGUGGGCUAUCACCGCCGGGGCCAAGACGACCCGACUCAGCAUCCCAUCUCGGCUGAAGAUUUGAUGCUUUCACUCAAGGGCCAAUUGGACGAAAAUAUUGAUCGUUGCAUUCCUCUUGGCGGUUGUGGCUCCUACGGAGCCCCGUUCAAAUUGACUUGCACGAAAUAUGGUUACACGGUUAUCGGUAAAGGCACCACUACGGGGUUGUGGAAAGAAGUUUCACGCGAAGCGCAGGUAUAUCAGAUCCUGCGCAAGGCUCAAGGAUCUGCUGUUCCUGUCUUUUUGGGAACGAUUGACUUGGCAAAAAUCUACUUUCUACAUGGUGCUGGACAGAUUCGCCAUAUGCUCGUAAUGGGCUGGGGCGGUAAGUGCACAUCCACGAUGGAGCUAACGCAACGGCUUCGCCGCGAGAUUUACAAAUCGAACAAGGAAAUAAAAGCUCUCGGGAUACUACAUGAAGACCUCAGGCGAGAGAAUGUCCUUUGGAGUGAAGAGCUCGGGCGUGCUUUAAUCAUCGACUUUCACCGUUCUACUCUGAGAUGCCGACCGGCUAAGCAGCGACCGGGGGCCGCAAAACGACGGCUAUGUCGAGUGGAGGCAGGAGAUACAAAACGUCUUCGGGUUUCGUGA